AUGAACGAAAUCAAAAAGCUUCUCACUGGAAAGCAAAAACCAAUGUUGGGUUACAAAGGUUAUCUCUACACCGUCGAACGUCAAAACGGUGAAAGGAUCAGUUUUCGGUGCAAAAACUGUCAACGCAAAGGUAAAUUCAAUAAAUCAAAUUUUAUAGGUACUGGCCGCACGAAACCACAAUUUUCAAUUCAGCUUUGGAAUGUCCACGAUCGACUAAUUUCUAAUCUUCCACGUUCUAAUAAUUCUAUUGAAGGUUGGCACAAUGCGUUCGCACAACGGGUUUCAAUCGCUCAUCCAACGAUUUUCAAGUUAACCGAAAAGAUCCGAGUUGAACAAUCAUAA